ACUGAGUUUAUACAACUACAUUUUGUGUUAUGUGCUGAUUAACUAUUGGCCUUUAUAUAGCCCGACUAUAUAAAACUGUACAAUAAGAUAGCAGCCCAGUGUGAAAAUUUUUAAAACCGAAGAGAAAAUGCGCUGGAGAAGGCUUCGCUAGUGAAGUUUGACAUUUGCCAAGCUGCAAUAAAAAAAAAUGUUCAAUUUAUUUUCAUUGUGCGGGAAAGUUAACAAAUUUCCUUUUAAUUGAAAACAAUCACUUUAAACUCGAAAGCAAAUAGACUGGCAGCAACAUAAAAAACUGAGCUCUAUUCUAAGUAGAGCAGAGCAAUAAACAACCGAAAAAAGAAACUUACAAUGAAUAAAGAGUGCAGUUGCAAGAUACUGAUUUACUAAGACUGACUGAAAAGUCCAACCUAGAACGUAAAUGCAUUUUGAGCAACUGGCUGCUGUAUAAUUAGUAUUGUUUGCAACGAAAAAAAAAAAACAACCACAGCAUGUAUCUUAUACAGACUGUUCAAACUACUUGGCGUCCACAGCUCCCGCUUCCUAAAGAUCUUCAGUUUACCGAUGAGCCAAAACGCAGUAAAGUGAGCCACAACGAAAAGAAUCAUCUAACGGAGCAGCAUCAAUUGGAGGAACAACAGAAGGAUAUGGAACGAAUGCGAGGCCAACAACAGCUUACAGGGAAACAGAAGUGGUCUUUCGGGCGUUUGUUUCGUAAGAAAAAGGAUACAGCUGGAUGCAGUGCCAGCUCUAGCGAUGAGGAUCGUAAGGCGGGAUUUGUGCCCGCCAACAAAACCAAAUCCAAGCAAAGCAAGAUGCCACGCAGCAAAACCUUAAACCUUGAUCACUCCGUGGCUCCGUCAAACCGGGAGAAUGAGUUUUUCUUGCCUUUGGAACUUACAUCCGCACCUGCAGAGCCUUAUUACCAAAAUCAGCCAGUAUUGAGCUAUAAUCGCCAGAGCAACUCGCUCGAUCGGCGGCUUUAUAAUCAGCAGGUGCCACAACACCCACGCAAUAGCAGGCACCAGCUGCCUGGACACUCUACCGAGGAUGAGCAGCAACAGGAGCUUAUAUCUUUAAACUCCAGCACCUUUUCGAAAUAUCGUAGCGAUGAGAGCAUACAUAGUGGCGGUCAGACGAUACAAGGCACCGGUCAGAGUCGUCGCAGUCGUGCGGCGCGUAAUGAACGCUACUACAAACGUCGCUCGCGUGAUGGAGAACUUAGUCACGGCGGCGUGCCGGCGCAGCUUGUGCCACAGCAGCGUUACAAGACGCAACCCCUGCCGCUAUCCAUUUACCAACCGGCGUCUACUUAUGUCCAAUGGCAACCCCAACCCCAACUUCAGCUGCAGAAUACCCUGCAGUCGAGCAACAAGCGCAGCAUAAGCUAUGACAGUCACAUACAGCUGCAACAGUUACACCAUCAGCAGCAGCAACGGAAACCACUGCCACCACCCCCACCACCUAGAGAUCCAUUGCGUCGCGUUCACGUGGGCAACAGCGCCGUAGAUUUACGUCCUGUUUCCUAUGCUUUCGAUCAAAAUGCGCGAUGUGUAAGCGAUGAGCGCAUUUGGCAGCCACCGCACUACCAAUCUGUACACUCGCUUAACUCUCAGCCUAGUAGCUCCAUAGUGAGCGCACCCACUCAGAGUCAUCCGCAUCGUCGAUAUAUAACGCGCGCCGAGCGCAACGCGUUGCCCAGCAAACAGUCGCUACCCAAUGGCAUUGAUUUACAUUAUGUAGCUGAUGCUACACCGCGCUCUAGGAAGCCUAUACAUCUGCUCUCGGCUACAGUGGCUUCGCAGCAAGAGCCACCAGCUUUCAGUGGACAAUUGCGCACUACCAAGAGUGGUUUGCCCCAGGAACCACACAAGCAGCGUUCGAUAUCCAGCUCUCGGCUAAGUGAGCUACGCAGUUAUCCCACGCCAAUGUAUUCUGAGGUGCAGAAACCGAAAAAAUCGCAUCUCAAUCACAUUAAUCGCGAGCAGGAGCGCACGAACAUCAUAUGCGGCAGUCUGCACAUUAAGCCUGGCGCGCAAGAGCGCCAAAACUUUGUGGAGUUCCGUCAACGUGAUGUGCUGCCGCAACCACAACAGCAUCAGCAGCAACGUCAGUCUGGCGAUGAUUUGCCAAAUAAAUACGAGGCAUAUGUGGCCGAGAAACGGGAACAGCAUCAGCAACAACGGGCUCAUGAGCAGCAAUCAAUUUAUCUUCCACGUAAGAAGCCCGCCAAUUUAGAGGAGGCCAUCAAUGAGCUGGAGGCCAUUUACAAAUCCUUGGGACUCAGCGAACCCCAGCCGUUAUCACAGCCUACGUCCAAACCACGUCUGCCUACGCCUAGUGAUUUUGAGAAAUACGCUUUAUCACAUGCCGCUGACUAUGAUGAGGAAGAUUCACCCACUGGCGAGCCGGAUCCAGUGCGUGAUGAUUUGGCGCUUAGACAGCAACAGCUGGCUAAGUUGCAGCAACGUGCCACUGAAAAGCAACCUCCUUUCGGCAUACCUGUGGGUCCCAUUGUGCCCGCGCCCCAUAAUGAUUACCUUCAUGUGGAGCCAGUCCGCCACAACGAGCAGCCGCAACGCAGCUCACCGGACAUUGUCAAGGAUGAUCUGGCGGUGCGUGCGCUCCGCAAAGAUCCACUCGGCCCUAAGCCUAGCCCUGCUUAUCCGAUGCCCAAGAAACAGCGUGCCAUACGCACCCAAUCCGCCAACAUUUACAAUCUCAUACAGCGCGAUGCUGCCAAACCUUCAGGUGGAGAUCUCUUUAGUUACAUGGAGCUGAGCAAAAGUAUAGCACGCGCAGGCUCCAUGUCUAAGCUUGACAGCGAGGCUAACGAUGUGCCAGCUAGCUUGGAACUGCUGCGCAAGCUUAAGGCGCAGGAACAACAUGAAGAACAGCAGGAACAGGAGCCUAAUCAAACCACAAUUCACUGCAAGCCAAAUAUACCGUUUCGUCAUCCCAGCCAAGGGGGCGCCAUAGCUCAAUUGCCGGCGCGCUUGGGCCAGGAGGCGCCUGUGCCAGCGCCUCGAAAGAGUUUGACACCCGAGCCUUUGAUGGAGGAUGCCCUCAAUAAAAUAGCGCUAGAGGCCCAGGCAAGCAGUAUCAAACUGACUCAAGAGCUGCAAGAGCUCCGCAAGGAAGCUCUCAUUACAGCGGCACGGCCCAUAUAUAAUGCGGAGGAGCAGAAGCUGGAACAAGAGCUGCAACAAAUUGAAGCUGUUAGCGAGGCAGCCAAGCGUUGUGGCCAACUGUUGCUCGAUACGCUGCCCGAUCAUGGUGCACAGAUCGAGGAUGAGAAACAAAAUCCCCGGAAGCUGCAGCAGGAGGGCAAACUUAUACGCGCUAUAGAUGAAGUCUCUGAGGCGGCGCAUGCUGUUUGCGAUAAAAUUUUAAAGGAUAUUGUAACCACGGAACCACCAGUAGUGUUGCAGGAGGCCUUGCAGGUGAAGCAACCGGCGGAUGGAGAGGAGCUGGUGAUGCCUCAGCUCAUUAAACAGCUGGAGCCACGGCAGGCGCAACGUAUGGAGGCCAUUGCUAAGCGUUGCAUGCGUCAACUCAGCGAACUGGCAGCGGAGUCCACUCACGACUACGAUAAUCUGGACGGCAACUGUAAUAUGAUGAGCACUGGAGCUGGCGAUACCACUCACAUUUCUACCAUUGCAGAGGCGCAGACCAUGGCACAGGCCAAGGCGCAAGCGCUUGAUGACAUUGAUAGCAUCAUGCAGGAGUGCGAGCGACAGGCGCGUCAAACUGCUGGCAGCCUGAACACCAUUACCACCGUUAACAACUCGAGUCGCUCUGAUGAUCAACACACUACGGCGCCUAGUUUAAGCAGUGGCAGCAACAGCGCUUUGCCAAAUAUUGUGAGCACCACUGCUUCCUCGUUUAGCUCAAGUAGCGAUUGUCUGGCCAAGUCAUCAAGUCCAUCAGCUUUAGGCAGCCGUCGUCGCUUGUCUUCCAGCAUCACAUCAUUUAAUCCAUACUCUUCAAGCGAUUAUAUCAAAUCGCAGAGCAGUGACUGCCAUGCACCCAGCACUGAUCCCAUCAAGACAUUCAGCACCACCUCCUACGAUGUGCAGUCGACCACGCCCAAUAAUAGCUGUAUCACUCAAAGCACUCAAAGUACUCAAAGCACGCAAAGCACCAAUGAUAACGAUUAUCAGCAGCAAAUCGCCUCGACACCACCGCCGUUGCAGCUUACUCCAGUGGGUGAGCCUGGUUCUUCCUCGCCCUCACAAUACAACUCAAGCGAGGAGCUGGCCGCUAUAUUUGGCAUUGAAGAGCCAUCAAAGUGCAGCAAACACAAGCUCUUAUUGAGCAACAACAACAACACCACAGAAACCAUUGCGGCCUCAAGUGACAUAUUCACAGCAUCCGCCACUGCCAAAACUAGCUGCCAGCAAAAACAACAGCAACAACUCAACUCUAAAGAAUCUUUUGGCUCGCAACCCAGCGCAUAUCGGGGACAACGUCUGUACUUUCAUCAUCACACCACUCCCGCGUAUUAUACGGACUUACAGCUGCGUAUACACACGCCCAAUGCAUCCGAUGUUGGCGCAUUGAAUGAGAACUAUCAGAGCGUCUAUAGUACACCCAGCUCUCAACUCGUGGAAAAACGCUGCUUUCCUAAAAGCACCGGCACGGACACAGUAACAGUCUCUUUUUUUCGGCGUGGCGACGUCACAACAGAGCAAGAAUUAGAGGCAAGAAAAACAGGCAAGCCGCAGCAACGUUGCGCAAAGUCCUUGCCGUCAUCUGUGAGCUCCCCAAAAGGUGAAGUUGCCCACAGUCCUAGUAAACGCACAAGUACAAAUCCUGAUAGUACCCAUCCAGAUCUUACACCUUUACCUCAUCCCUCAGCAGUAGCACAAGCUAGUCAAGUAGUGGGCGGUACAAACGGGCGUAGCAGUCGGCAUCAUCAGCGUUUUCAGCAACGCUCCAAGCGUGCGGUGCGCGUGCGCAGUGAAUCGCGUCCCAUUAGCGCUCUCUACGACAUAAUAUGCAAGGAAAAGGGAUUGCAGCUGGGCGAAUCCACAACAACAGCAAGCAGCAGCAGCAACGAGGAAGAAGAAGCUGUGCCGACAGAACAGCUCAACAAAAGCAACACGCUGGCGACCUUUUGGCCUUUGCCUCAACAACCAUAUUAUACCCUUCCCAACUCCAACUCGAUGAAUAGCGGCAAGCAUCAGCAACAAGUGGGGCAGCUGGAAAAGCGCCACACUAAUUCCCAAUUAGACGAGGCACCUAGUCACAAAGUUAUCCAAAGCAACCUAAAUGCCAAGGCCACCUCGCUGCCACCGCCACCGCCACCACUGCCAAGCGACUCAAUCAAUGCUGAGCUGAAACUUGAGUCGCAUCAGCGUACAGCGCACAGUCUUGAAUCCAAUGCCAAGGAGCUACAGUUGCCAAUUGCAUCUUAUGAGCAAGGCGAAGUUCUAGACACUUUAACGCGCUGGCAAAAGGAGUUAAGCUCGGCUAGCGUGAAAACCGCUGAGCCUUUUAUUGUCGCUAAUGGCCAACCUCAUCACCAUUAUCUUACAAAUCCUGAGCAUCAGCAUCAUUUCAUCAAUCAUCAGAAACAUCGAUUACCAUCACCAAACACUGUAGAUGCUACGCAAGAGACACUACAACAGUCCCAACGACAUCAUCAUCUCCAUCAGGCCACGAACGCACGCAGAUUCAUAACGCGUACACCGCGCUCCGGCAGUCGACAAAGCGCUGGACACUCACCACCGCCGCCAUCAUUGCAGGCUACCGGGUAUCAUAGCGAUUCCUCUUACAGCUCACCAUCGCCCACACGUAAGCGGGAGACAGCAGCAGCUACAUUUUCAGCCAUCAACGAACCACAAUCGUCUACAAACGGUAAUAGCUCCGCUUAUGAAACAGCCGCCACUACGGUAAUGACGCAUGACACGCCGGCGCCAGAGCAAUUGCCACAGUCACAGUUACAACAACAGCAAGUUGAAGUUCCUAAGGCCACGUCGCCAACGUCUUUACAGCAGCAACAAUUGCCAUCACCAACGCCUCAGUCCUCGGCGCUUACCUUACGGCCCACAAUCGUCAGCUCAGCCAGCCACAUUAAAGUUGCAAGUGGCCCCAAGAGCAAUUACAGCUGCCAAUACAACAACAAUAAUAACUGCAGCAACAACAGCAUUAAUCGCAGCAGUCGCUUUAGUCGCAGCAACAACAAUACUUGCCACGCCACUCCCAUGCCGCCCUUUGCUACUGCACAUAAAACGCUAAUAGCUACGACUACAAAUAUAACAACAACAGCACCAUCGCCAUCGAAGCGGCGCAAGAACUUACUGUCGCCACUGCGCAUAGCUGGUGGUGGUGUUGUUGCAACGGCCCUGCCACAGCAGAGUCCACUUGGCCUGAGCGGUUCCCCCACAUCCACAUCGCCAAUAAGCUCACCAACGGUGCGCACCACCAAAGCCAGUCGACUGCGUGCCGCAGCGCUCGACCGCAAAAAAGAGGAGGAGCACCACCAUCAGCAACGUUAUAGUUCGCCUUGCUCGCCCAGGAUAAGCGCCAACAAGUCCUGCAACCAGAGCGGUUUUAACUCGGAGCCUAGCAGCAGCGGCUGUUGCAGUAAUAGCGCACGUUUGCUUUCUGCACGUGCUGCUACAACGCCGCCGGUAUCACGACGCCCCUUGGUAGCCACCGCAAAUAACGUCUCAAUGAAACAGAAUCUCAGUGAGCUUCAUUUCACUGGUGGCGUGCUCAACAACUCGCCCAAAGCCGAGUGUACGUUGCGUAUGCGUCCACGCAGUUCGACUAUGUGCAACGAGGCGGAAAAUCUAUGCACAAGUGGAGCACCGGGAAAGCCACGUGAUCUGACCAACUUGCAGCUGAGUCCAGUGCAAAAAAACAAGCGUACUCCGGAAUUAUCGCCCACUGCUCGGCGUGGUUGCGAACGUGACAAAUCUGCCAAACGUAAAUCAAAUUUAAAUCGUUCACACAAUGAGGAGGCGACUAAGAAUGGUGAUGAGACAGCUACCACACGACGAAGACGCCGUCGCGAACUGGCCAUGACACGCACACUUCUGCCCGGCGAAGAUGAAUCUGUGCGUGAACUUCUUCAAUCGCCACAGAAGAGCUCGUGCAGCGAGUCCACUUCUACGCGCUCGGACUCGCUGCGUCAGGCGCUCAAUGCCGCAACUAGUCAAAAGUUCAUUGAGGGCGCACACAGCGAGGUGGCCGAGACUAAGAAGACUGGCGAGUCAGCGCAGGCUGAGGACAAUGAAAAGCAACAGCAGCAGCAUGCGCUCUUGAUGGGACACAAAAGCACGGACGAUCUAGCGAUGAUAGCUCUUAUGCAGAAUUCACCGCCUGCGCCGAAUCAAAUUGUAUCCAUACUGAAAAAGAAGGAGCACGCGUUUGGCGAAUGCAACGCAUCGAGCGCGUCGAGCAACGCCUCGCCUGUCACGUUUUCCUCCAGCGUGCUAGACACACCGUUGACUGGCGGACGCAGAAAGCGCCAGGGUAUACUUAAGAAGCGCUCUAGUCUUGAUGAGUCACGUUAUUACUCCCGCUCGCAUUCACCGGAUGAGCGUAGCAUACUCAUCAAGUCGGCGCGCCGCAAUUCUUUGGAGGAGGCAGGCACCACAGUUGGCGCUGGCCAGGCACAUGGAAUACUCAAGCAAAGCAGCUAUGAAAGUAACAAGAGCGAUGGCUGCCCUUCGGCCAAUGAGUGCCAGCCACAUAGCAUAUUGAAGAAAAAGGAUUCAUUAUCGACGCCCUCAGACGGCGGAUGUUCAAAGCAUGUGUCCAUAUCUCAAGCUGUGACUUUGGCGGCCGCUGAGCUAGCUGCGCAUGCUGGAUGUGCGGAGGCGGGCGAAGCCGAUGGUGAAAUCGAUGCUAUACGCCCGAUACUUAAGCAAGAAAGCACAUCCAGCGAGGAGACGGCCCGUCCACCCAAGCCGAUACUUAAGAAGAAGUCAUUUGGCGAGGCGGACGAGCAUGAAAUUCGUCCCAUACUCAAGAGCAGUCGGAAAAGCAGUCGGGAGGAGUUUGAUCUAAGUGUAGUUAAUCAGGAUGCUAACGAUACGCUUGCCAAUGAACCAAUGCGUCCAAUUCUAAAGACAGAUUCGCCUUCCAAGCGUCGCUCCAUAGGUGGAGGAACCUGCAACAAUGAUGAAAUCAACAGUAGUCUUCUAAAGCGACGCACACGUUCACUUGAACGGCAAGACACAGAGCCUGGAAUUAAUUUGGCAGCCGCCCUCGAUGCUAUUACAAACUCACAGUCAGCAACAGCACCCGCACCCGCCGCCCCUUCAUCAACGACUCCAGUAGAGUUUGUUCACGUGUCAGGUAGCAUUUCGGUGGCUGAUCGCAUUAAGCAUAUGGAGCUCCUUGCCACAACGCAGUCCACAACGGCGAGCAACAUUUACAGCAGCUUCGAGUCACCGCUGCAACAGAGCCAUACUAGUCAACUGGAUCCUUAUGCUCCGCCCAGGCUGCUGAAACCCAGCGUAUUGCGUCGUGAUCUUUACAGGGAACGCUACAAGACACAGCCAGUAACCAGUGAAGAGAAGAGCUUCUUCAAAGCCAAUUCGACGCCCUUUGAUAUAUCGGUAACAUCGGCUUUUAAGCCAACCAAACCAUUGGAUAUUUGCGUCAAUACGCAGCUACAGCAACAGCAACAGCAACUGCUGCAGCAACAACAACCUCUAGUCUCACCCCUCACUGGACAACCGCUGAGUCACGUACCAGCACCAUUGUUACUCUCGUCGUCCACGCAUUCGGGCACUGGCUCCUCGUUCCGUUUGACGCGCAGCUCCACGCAACCGUUGCAAUCACCGCGCGUACUUCACCGGGCAGGUGCUUUUGGGGGCACACCAGCAGCCGCAGCAAACACAAGCGCAUCGCUGCAUCAGCAUUCGGGGACCGACACUGAACACAUUUUCGAGAUGUCAGGCUUGGACGAGGAUUCGGCCAUUCAGUCGCUGGUCGACGACUCAAACGCCAGCACAGCGACCGUUGCCAGUAUGGGCGAUGGCUUGGCUAGAAGUAAUAGCGUACGCGCUCGUGCUAACAUGUUCCAGCAGUUGCAACAACGUCGCGAGGCAGCCGGUGGGGAUCAGUCGCAGCUGAUUUCAAUCGCCAAUCGUCCAGCAACUCGGCACUCGCAUUCGCCGCCACCUCCGUCGUCAUCGCAGAGUUCACUACGAAACGAUGAGAUGAACACGCCAAAUACAACGCAGGAUAUAACGGAUGGGGAGAUCGUAGGUAAAACUAGCGAGGUGGGCAAGAUCGUUUUAAAAUCGGGCAAACCAUUAGCUGGAAUGGGGCGUGGUCUAAUGCCUGUUGAUCUCAAUGCGGAGCUUAAGAACCGACUACAGCGAUCUACUCAUGCAGCUGUUUCCAAUCUACGCAAGUCUGCCACCAACAUCGAUGUAAUCGACCACAGCAGUACGGCUCAGCCGCCACAACGUAACUUAGCUCACAUCCUGCGCAAUGUGUCCAAGGAGAAUGCUCAGCCCAGUUGUAGCAGCUCCACGACGCAGCAUGACGAUGCAGUAAGUUUAGUGCGUAACCUUUCUUCGCUGGGAGCAACACGUAUAGCACCAGAUGUUGCUGAUGGCAACUGUGCCUCUGCCUCCGAAGGGGAAAGCUCUGGCGGUCGCGAAAUCGAAGCCAUCAUUAAAAACAGCGCCGUAGCUCGUCGCCGGCGACAACAGCAACAGCCCGAUGGCAAUCUUGUUGCGAAAAGCAAAAGUCACUCGAGCAUCGCAGCGCCCAUUGGCAUUGGCAACCAACUGCCUCCACUUGGCGUCGGCGGCUUUGUUAAGUUGCGUCAUGUAGAAGCAUCAUCGGCUGUUGCAAAUGUUGAUGUUGAUAAAGCCACAUCAAGUUCUAGCAAACGAUCUCCGACACAAACUCCAGAAAAACAAGAACAGACAGACCAAGCAACCAAGAUCAUGGGACCCGAUCAACGCACAAUUGCCAACACCGGCUCCAUUGCGGAGCGCAUGGCAGCACUUCAGAAGAGCGGCGAGGACGACUGGAAGAAACGCGUGUCGAAGCGCGAUGAGGUCGACGAUAUCCGGCGUGAAAACUUUGUGAACGAAUCCCUUUCACUGGCGCACUCGCUAUCCGACAAGCCUUUGCCGCCGUCUCCUCUAAUUGCCAAUCUUCAGGGUGGAAAUGUUUCUGAGCGUUUGGGCAAGCUUAAAUCCAAUUCAGAGAAUUGGAAACAGCGCAUAGAGCAAACGGAUGAGAAGAAGUUCACAGUCGCUGGGCGACUGCAGAAAAAGGCGCAAUCACCAAGUGAGUUACAGUUUGAGCGCUCACCACAGGAUGCAGCCAAGAAGUGUCCUAUGCUGGAGGUUCGUAGCGCCAAUCAGCCGCAAUUGGGUCUGGCCAAAAGCCCCUCCAUGAUGGUCACCACUGGAAGCGUUACAAUGCCAACAGCUGCGCUACGUAGUCUUAGCGUUAAUGCCGAGGAGAAUCCACAAACGGCAGACAGCAGCUGUAGCAGCAGCUCUGAGUCGGAUGGUGAACGUCAAUCACCGCACAACGCCAAACAAAACAAGGAACUAGCCAACACUAAGAGCGCCGCAGCGCCAACCAAUGUGGGUGCUAAAAUCCAGGUGCCUCGUAUGGAUGAUAAGGAGACCUUUGAAAACUUUUUCGCAACGCAGAUAAAUCGCAAGCAAAGAGAUCUGCAACUAGAGAUUUGCGCUUUUGAUGAUAUUAAGCCCACUGAACGGCUGGCUAAUAAGCGCAACAUUCAGGGACCCAAAGGCCGCCGCGCCGCACGUAAUCCUCUCAAGAAUUUGGCUGCUCGAAGUGACAUUAUCUCUGAGUACACUGAACUUAAAUCGGGCAUUGCAGAGCGUGAACUGCGACGCCUUAAGCUAGAGUCAUUUGGGGCUGGACAACGUAGCAAUCUGGCCGCCGAGGCCAUAGCGGGCCUAGCUUCAAAUGAGGACUUCAAAUCUGUGGCAUUAAAGUCGUCUUCGCUACCGCUGCAGCAGCUAUGGUUGCCACACAAGCCUUUAAUGCUGCUCCACGUUAAGGGACGCACACAUGUGCAGACGCGUCUGAUCGCUCCGACGCCGGCGUCGUUGAACCGCGGCGACUGCUUUAUCCUAGUAGCAGGAGCACAACUUUUUCGUUACGUGGGCUCCUUUGCCAAUGUUAUCGAAAUCUCGCGCAGCAAAAAGAUCUGCGCUGCCAUCGUAGAAAAUAAGGAUCUUGGCUGCACUGCAACUCAGGAGAUUAUUUUGUCGGAUGGCAAGUUCGUUAACGAGCGACAGUGGCGCCAGUUCUGGGCACUGCUAUUCCAAUCAGACCACACCGAAGAGCUGCCAGAAAUUACGGAUUCCGGACAUGCUGAUGAGGAUGAAGUUUUUGAGAGCAGCUUGAUCGAGACAAACAAGAUCUAUGAGUUCCAAGAUGAUAGUUUGGUGCCUAUAGAGAAAUAUUGGGGAUGUAUACCCAAGGUUGAGAUGCUGGACACGCGCAAGGUGCUUGUCUUCGACUUUGGAAGCGAGGUGUAUGUGUGGAACGGCAAGAGCGCCAGCUCCGACGAAAAGCGUGCAGCAAUGCGCCUGGCCCAAGAACACUUUGGAAACGCUGAUGCGCUAGACUACUCCCAGUGCUAUCUUAAUCCACUUAACUAUGCCACUAUUGUGGGCAGGAGAGAGCUCAACGAGUUCACCAAACGCAGCACGCAUCGACCUGAGUGGUGCAUAUUGGGAAGGAUUACGCAAAAUAUGGAAACUGUACUUUUCAAGGAGAAGUUCAGUGAUUGGCCUGAAUUGGAUCGAGAAGAUCUGGAAAAGGACUACUUGGCCAAUGGCGUGAGUGUGGUUCGUGCCCUGAACGGUGCUUUAUUGCACAAAGGCGAGCCCUACCAGGAGCCCAACCUGUUGCUGGAGCAAUCGAAUUUGGGUCGAGGCAAUUUCUAUUAUGACACAGACACCAUGCGGCAUUUUGACAUCAUUACUAAAUCUACCUCCAAGUGGCAGAUACACGAAUUUAACUUUGAUUCAGCCGAGACCCGAUCUGAUUUUGGCCACUUUUAUUCCGCAGAAUCGUAUAUAGUUCGUUGGAUCUACCAGAUCUCGGUUACUGUCCGUGAACUUAGCGGCAAGAUAUCCAAUCGUAGCACUGUGGGCCGUGAUCGCUGUGUUUACUUCACUUGGCAGGGUCAGGACUCAACUGCUAACGAAAAGGGCGCCGCUGCACUGCUUACCGUCGAGCUGGACAAGGAAAAAGGCGCCCAAAUGCGUGUGGCGCAAGGAGAUGAGUGCACCGCUUUUGUGCGUCUCUUUAGUCAACUGUGGCAGCAUCGCGGACGCAAGGAGCAGUGUCUAGCCAGACGCACCGAUUGGCGUCUUUAUCAAAUACAAGGCAACAUUCCCGAGGAAACACUGCUUAAGGAAGUAGACUGCCAGAGCCAACAGUUGCGUUCUCGGAGCUCUAUGCUACUCAUCCACGGUGCCAAAGGACAUGUACUUAUCUGGCAUGGUAACCGAAGCGCUGCCCACACGCGUUCAGUUGCCUUGAGCGCUGCUCAGGAGCUGAUUAAACAAAUGCCCGCUGAUCUAUUUAGUUGUGAGAGCGCCACGCUGCAGGAGCUGGAGGAGGGCAGCGAAAGCGACACCUGUAAGAAGGCGUUGGGAUUAACAGUUGAAGAACGCAACUAUGGCAGUCUGAUGGAAGUUGAAAACAAGAUUUUUGAUUACACAAUGCGUGCGUUUAACUUCUCGAGCACACAGGGCGUCUUCACAGCCCACGAGCUUAGCGAUCCACUGCGCUGCCAAGAGAUCCACAGUCCAUAUCCCUUUUCCCAGUCACAGCUGUACAGCUCUCGUCAGCCAACCAUUUUUCUGUUGGACGACUAUGAUAAAUUAUGGCUCUGGAUGGGCUGGUGGCCGCUUGAAGAUGUGAAACUAAGCAACACUGAGGAUGAUAACAGUCCCACCAAUGAUAAUCGUGCAGGAGUCAAUCGCUGGAUCUCAGAGCGACGCGCCGCCCUAGAAACGGCCGUUGACUAUUGGCGUGCUAAGCAUGGCGAUAACGAAACACUACCCUUUCAUGGCAUCAAAGGACAAGUUGUUUGGGCUGGCCUGGAACCGUUGGAUUUCAAAGCAUUAUUUCCUUUCUGGAUAGAGCAUCCAGAUGUAGCUAAACGAAAUUUAGAAGAUGGGCGCACAGACACGCCAAUGCCGAUUAGUGAAAUGCUAGCACAAAUGACACAGACCGAAUAUCCGCUAGAUGUACUCAAGUCACGCCCACUGCCAGAAGGCGUGGAACCUACGCAAUUAGAGCUAUACCUGAGUACCGAAGACUUUCAUAGAGCGCUCGGCAUAAGCCGUGAGGAAUUUGAGCAGCUACCCUUGUGGAAGCAGACCAAACUUAAAAAGGAGCGUGGCCUUUUCUAAGCACGUCACGAACUUAAAUGCAAUCAUUAAGACUAUAAUCACUUAUAAUAUAGAUUAUAAUCACAAUCACACAAAUCUUUUGUAUGCACAUUUACAUCGUAGUAUUUUGUACGCAGCCAUUGCUUUUGCAGCUUUUUAACCUUAACGGAAUUAAAUGUAAUUAACA